AUUCUCCAUCCCGUGACCUAUAUCUACUACCAGCUCGUUCCAAUCCUCUUCUCCCCACCUCAUUCCCAGAGGCCGCCGCCACCCCUGCUCCCCUCGUCUCUCACCGCAGCAGAGCAGAUCCAGGAGCCACACGCUACGGGAUGCUCGCCGGAGUUCAGGGAGGAGGCGACGCAGCUGAGCAGUCAACCUCGGAAUAGUUGAGCAGCCAUUAGUUCAUCGCAUCUUUCCAUUCUCUCGCGCGUCUGGCAGCAAGCACCGACUUAGAGCCAAACUAAUGCAGGAGCAUCUUGUAUACACCUUCUGCCUCCUUUCACAAGAUCUGGCAUCGCUAAUACCAUCCCUUCACAAGAUCUUGUAUAUACCUGCUGAAGACUAGCCCUACACGGCAGCAGGGCUUCAUAUAUAUCAGGCUGCGCAAUGGUUGGCCAAGCUAUUACUACACAACAUGACCUGGAGUACAUGCUAGUUGAUCCGACCCUAGAGCCCACUGCCUUGCCAUUGUCACUUUUGUCAGAAAUCACACAUGGUUUCUCUGAUGACAUGGAAAUCGGCAGAGGAGGCUUUGCAACUGUUUAUAAGGCAACACUUGAGAAUGGAGCCGUCGCUGUAAAGAAGUUGCGCAAUACGCACAUCCACGAGAAAGAGUUUCUGGGAGAGAUUAAAUGCCUUGUGAAGCUGAAGCACAAGAAUAUCGUUCGAUUUCUGGUAUAUUGUUCUGACACACAAGGAAAUAUGGCAAAUUACAACGGAACAUUAGUCAUGGCAGAUGUACAAGAAAGAUUACUCUGUUUUGAGUAUCUACACAAAGGAAGUCUUGUCGCUUAUAUAAAGGAUUCAUCCAGAGAACUUGAAUGGAGAGAGCGUUACCAAGUAAUAAAAGGGAUCUGCGAGGGGUUAAACUAUCUUCACCAAGAAAAUAUUCUGCACUUGGAUUUAAAACCAGAAAAUAUAUUGUUGGAUGAAGAUAUGAAUCCAAAAAUUACUGAUUUCGGACUAUCAAGGUGUUUUGAGGAAGAUCAAACACGAUGCAUUACUGAUAAUGUGGGAGGAACACUGGGAUAUUUGGCACCAGAAUUCCAAAGCGGUGAAAUCACACACAAGUUUGACUUGUAUAGCCUUGGUGUUAUAAUUAUAGAAAUGUUGACUGGAAAGAAGGGGUAUCAAACUACUGAGAAUGUACUGGAAAUUUGGAAUAAUCCAACGGUGGAUACAUUGCAGUGGGAACAAAUACGAGUAUGUGCUAAGAUCGGGAUAGAGUGCACAGAUUUCAAUCCGGCGAAGAGACCGGCUAGUAUGAAGCAUAUAAUCGAUAGGCUUGAAGAGACAGAAUGCAGUAUACAUUUAAUCCCUACAGGUGGGACAAGCCAGCUUCUUACGCUUCAACAGUUCAAUCUUUGCUUCACCUUUGAGCCAAACAAGGUUAUGACAUGCCCACUGCAGCUAACAAACAACACCAAUAAGCAUGUUGCAUUUAGGCUUACAGACAAGAACAUGGAGCCCUCCUUCCUGAAUCUACCAUUGUAUGGCCUCGUUCCUCCUAACACACCUUACACUCUCAUCGUGGCAACAAAAGGGAAAGAAGAUCUACCUCGAAAAUAUAUCAUAGAUGUGUUCCUCCAGAGUGCUACAUUUAUAUUGGGGGAUGAUGGGCAUAUAAAAACUUUCCAACAGCAGCCAAACAAGUUUUUCCAAGAGAUGGAGAAUGAAGUGCAGGUGGCCAAACUGAAAGCACUUUAUACUCUGCCACGAGACAUCACACCAUCAUCGUCUAUGCCAAUCUCACAUGCAACAAAGAUAAUAUGCAUGGUGCAAGGCACCUACAGUUAUAAGUUGGACACAAACCAGACCAACCAAUGGAUGAUAUUAGGAGAUGACAGAGGAUACGUUCGCAUUUGGGACUGUAAGACACAGAGAAAGGUGGAUGCGCUUAAUGUCUCAGCGAGCAAAGUUCUGUGCGUUAAAUUUGUUGCAAGAAAGCAUUGGAUUGUUGCUGGGACACAAGAUGGUCUUGUCCAUGUGUACGAAUAUGAACAAGAGCGAAAGAUCACAAGUUUCAGAGCUGUUACAGCUGGUAUAUUUGAGAGUAUUUGGUCACUGGCCGUUCAUCCAACCCAGUCGUAUUUGCUGUCAGCGAGUACACACAUUAAACUUUGGGACUGGGACAAGGGUUGGGAGUGCGUACAGAUAUUUCAAAUGGAUGGGCCAGCAUAUCAAGUCGUAUUUAACAGAAAUGACACAAUCGCUAGUAUUUCAAUGGCACAUUAUUCAGUGGAGGUUCGGAGUAUUGAUUCACAAAAAUCUAGCUAUGAUCUUUCUGGGCAUUCAUCAACAGUGAGCUGCUUGGAUUUUUUCACCAGUCACGAUCAAGAGUUGUUGGUUACAGGAUCAAGUGAUAACACUGCCAAGAUAUGGCAUUUGGAGAAGAAGAUAUGUGCAUAUACACUUGAAGCUUCCGUAUCUCCAAUUAGUUCUGUCAUGCACCAACCCGAUCUUCAGACUCUAAUUACAGGUUCACUCGAUGGUACUAUUUAUUUGUGGAGCACAAAAAAUUUCAGGAUAUAUUCAUCACCCCCGAUGCUUAAAGGAAUCAUCAAGAUUGGUUCUCUUGGAGCUGUCGACCAUCUCGCAUGUGUGAUGGGAAGGGUUGUGAUUGGACAGUUUCGCACCAUAGCAAUUAUGGAUGUUGAGAGUGUGAGUUAUCAAAAGCAAUCAAUGGAUUAUGAGCAGGAGUUAAGUGUAGAUAUGAUACAACAUGCGGGAGACACAAUGUCUAAGCAGGAAAUCUCAAGAUCCAUCAGCAAGCUACCUUUACUUGACGUCUACCCAACAGAACUCCACUUCCCAUAUCAUCCCAAUGAGCCCAUCCCGUGCUCACUGCACCUAACAAACAACACAGAUGAAAAUGUGGGAUUUAAACUUGUAGACAAGAGCGGCAAAUCCCCAUGGUGCUUUGAAAAGAUGCCAUUGUACGGCAUUGUGCCUCGUAGAUCCAACUACACUUUGAUCGUGACAACGAAAGAGGAGAUGAAGCUAAAGAAAGAGACAGACUUUGAUCUCGUUAUUCACAGCUGUUUAUAUGGAGAUAAGCACAUCAUGGCAUCCGAAGACAUGUCCGAUUUUGAUGAAUUUUUUGAGGAGGCCAAAGAACUUGGGAAUAUGGUGCAUGAGGUGACACUAGAAGCUAUUUAUGUGACGCAAGAAGAGAUGACAUGCGAGAAUAUAUUGACGAAGUAUAAUCCUGACAGUUUGCGUUCACUAGAUGCACAUCCAACAAAGCCAUGGAUUUUGACUGGGCAUGCUAGUGGAUAUGCCCGUGUAUGGAACCAUGAGAUGAAGUACCCGAUGAAUGUUUUUAAAGUCUCCGAUUAUGAAGUAAGCAGCAUCAAAUUUAUUACAAGAAGGGAAUGGAUUGUAGCUCUGACAUAUGGCGGUCACCUCCAUGUGUACGACUGCGCAUGUGUAACAAAAAUAAAAAAGAUCAGGAGUGUUGAACCUAGUAGAAUGUUGAACUUCUCAGAACUAGCCAUUCAUCCAAUCCUACCGUACGUGUUGUCACCAAGUUCAGUGCUUUUGGACUGGGACCAGCGCUGGAACCGCAUACAAACAUUUCCUGGUGCUUUACGGCCAUUUGCAUUUAGCCCUAAUGACAACAACACUUUUGCAAGUGGGUCUUUGUACAGCCACGUACAGAUUUGGAGGCUUGAUUCUUCUGUCCCUGAAUAUUCUUUGCCUGGGCAUUCGGAGCAAGUUCUAUCCCUUGAUUUUAUCACACGUGGAGCUCAACAAUAUUUGACCAGUGGCUCCAAGGAUUGCACUGCCAAGAUCUGGGACUUGCAGAAAAGAGAGUGCAUUCAUACGCUCGAAGCUAUGUCACCAGUUCAUUGUGUCCUUGCCCAUCCAAACCUUCCAGUUAUAAUUACAGGAACAGAACAUGGCAUCAUUCAUCUGUGGAGCUCCACUGAUUUCAGGCUCAAGAGAAUCAUUAACUUAGGCGGCGGUGGACCUGUUGUUGCCAUAGUACGUCUGAUGGGUUUACAAAGCAGGAUUAUGAUUGGGCAAAAGAACACAAUAUUUAUCAUGGAUAUCUAUGGUGAUGAAGCUUUGCGACCAAAGAGUGUAGCGCCCUGGAUGCGACACUGCAGGGAGAAGCGAGCUGAGGCGGAGCGCCGCAAAACAGAGGGAACCGGCUGCAAGACAAUGUAAAUGGGGAUCGUGUAGACACCAAAGAUGGAGAGAUUAAGGCCGAAAUGACUGUGGCUUUUCUUGCUUAACACCAAAGAUGCAACAGCCUGCAUACUCCAUUUUUUUCUGCAAGUGAAAAAAAAUCUUCAGAGGUGUUCCUGGAUUAUGUUGUAGCAUUGCGUUUGGUAGAUGGAGCUCGAGGUAUUAUAAAGAUGGAGAGAUUAUAUGAUCUCCUGAAAGGGCUACUGGAAUGCUGAACGUGUUGGUACAAAGGUAGAGAUCCUGUGCAUGCAUCAUUGGAUCAAACCCAUAAGCGAUUAUAUUGAUUUCUCUCUCCUAUGCUA